GAGGACUUCAAUAUCAAGUUUAACAGUGACACAGCAGAAGUUGAUGAUUAUUUACUUGCUGCCGACCAAAUAAAGGCUUAUUUCCAGAUGGGAAGUGAUGAGACAAACGAUGAUCUUUACAAAACAUGGUUAAGAGAAACAGUAAAAAAUGUAUCAGCUAAAAGACUGAAGCUUAUUAAAGCCAAAGGAGGAUUAGGGUGUCCAAUUUUAACAACUAACUAUGACUCAUCACUUGAAGAGGUACUUGACAAAAAAUCAUUAACUUGGAAUGAAUAUUAUACGAAUGGUAUUGAUGAUUUGUUAGAGAAUCUCAAAGAUUAUAUUCUACAUAUAUAUAUGGACAUUUUGAAGACACAGAUGGUAUCAUUUUCAGUAGCUAUGAUUAUUAUCGACUUCUUGAAAAUAAAUCUAAGCAAUCAAGGCUGAGAGAUAUUAUGAAAACAAAAACUUUGUUAUUCAUUGGAGAUGAUAUCGAGAUGUCUGAUCCAACUCUUUCGAAUUUAUUAAAAUGGAUAUUGUUUGUAACAGAUGACAAACCAUCGGCCAUGUAUAAACUUGUCAAAUCUAAUAAGAAUAAUAUGUUUCAUCAAAUGUCAAACAUUUCAUUUUUCGAUAUGAUUAAGGAAGUUCAAGAUGGUUAUAAUGCAGAAGAUUUAAUACCAUUUCUGAAAAGUCUUCAAUUAUUUACAUCAUUAAUACGUGAAAAUUUAUCAUUUGCCGACAAAAAAGAAUUUGUUCGCAAAAAAAAUAUUUGA